AUGGCAGUACAAGCACCAGAAUUCAAGCUUGCACUGGUUGGUGAUGGUGGUGUAGGAAAAACGACACUAGUAAAACGUCACUUGACAGGUGAAUUUGAGAAGAAAUACAUACCAACUAUUGGAGUUGAAGUACAUCCAUUAAGAUUUAAUACAGAUUUUGGUCCACUUAUUUUUAAUGUAUGGGAUACGGCAGGUCAAGAAAAAUUUGGUGGAUUAAGGGAUGGAUAUUAUAUUAAAGGUCAAUGUGCUAUCAUUAUGUUUGAUGUGACUUCGCGAAUAACUUAUAAAAAUGUCCCUAACUGGCAUCGUGAUAUUGUACGUGUAUGUGAGAAUAUACCAAUAGUUCUAGUUGGAAAUAAGGUAGAUGUUAAGGAUAGACAAGUUAAGGCAAGACAAAUUCAAUAUCAUAGGAGACGUAAUUUACAAUAUUAUGAUGUAUCUGCUAGAAGUAAUUACAAUUUCGAAAAACCAUUUUUAUGGUUAGCAAGGAGACUUACUAAUCAACCAGCUCUUCUAUUUGUAGGUCAGCAUGCAAAGGCACCUGAAGUAUCUAUUGAUCCAACUCUUGUUGCUCAAGCUGAGAAGGAAUUGACUGAUGCUGCAAAUGCGCCAAUUGAAGAUGAUGAUGAAGAUCUUUGA